CUGUCGAUUACGUCUUCAACCUCUCAAAUAAAACCUUGCUCGUGUAAAUCAGUGUGUCUGCCAGAGUAGCCGGUUCUUAGUUGACAGUGUGAAACAAUAAAACAACUGUAGCAAGAUGUCAAUGACUCUGGCAUACUGGGAUAUUCGAGGGCUCGCUCAGCCAAUCCGCCUGCUGCUGGAGUACACAGAGACUAAAUAUGAGGAUAAAUUCUACGCUUGCGGUGAAGCUCCCAAUUAUGACAAAAGUUGUUGGUUCGAUGAGAAGUUCAAACUUGAGAUGGAUUUCCCCAAUUUGCCUUAUCUUGUGGACGGAGAACGGAAAAUAGUCCAAAGCAACGCCAUCAUGAGAUACAUUGCCCGAAAGCACAAGCUCUGUGGGGAGACUGAGGAUGAGAAGGUUCGAGUGGACAUCAUUGAAAAUCAGGCUAUGGACUUCCGUAAUGGUUUUGUCAUGCUCUGCUAUGCAGACUAUGACAAAAUGAAGCCUGGAUACUUGAAAAAACUCCCUGAAACCCUGAAGCUGUUCUCUGAGUAUUUGGGAGACAAGAAAUGGUUUGCCGGAGAUAAGAUUACCUUCGUGGAUUUUGUCAUGUAUGAGCUUUUUGAUCAACACCGCAUGUUUCAGCCAAAAUGCCUGGAUGACUUCAAGAACAUCAAGGAGUUUCUGGACCGUUUUGAGGGGCUUGAAAAGAUAGCAGCCUACAUGAAAUCUAGCAAGUUCAUGAAGACUCCAGUGAAUAACAAAAUGGCAAAGUGGGGCAACAAGAAGGAGUGAAGCUGUGCUUUGAAGAACAAACAAGUCCUGUGAAGACUGACACCGCUGCAGAAGAAGCUCAUAGAUGGUACGAAGAGCAUUUCCAUGGAAUAAGGGUAGUGUAGGAAAAUACAGACAAGUUUUGUCUGUACAGUGCUGUUUUAUGUUCCAGUGUUGUAUGAGGUCUUCAGAAGACCAGUAAUGUUUUUUUUAUUUUUAUUUGUUGUCCAGGCCUAAGGCCAUUGUAUUUUCUGCUAUAAAGAAUGAGCACUUGAUUUCAUUAUUUUGAUAUCUUGAUCAUUUUUUACUUCUGACAAUGUAUUAGCUAAACAAUAGUUAAGGGCAAUCCGUUUGACUUAAUAAAAGCAAACCUCUUUUCA